GUGACAUCUAAAAUCCGAGAAGAAGCCCUAGACAUUUUUGUCAAGCCGCGGGAGGAAGAAGAAGAAGCUCUAAGGUAAGAAGAUGAAGCAUAACAAUGAGAUCCCUGGAUCACACUUCAGGAAGCACUGGCAGAACUCUGUUAAGACAUGGUUUAACCAACCUGCUAGGAAAACCAGGAGAAGAGUUGCGAGACAAGAGAAGGCGGUGAAGAUCUUCCCUCGUCCCACCUCUGGAUCUCUCCGACCUGUUGUUCAUGGACAGACUAUUAAGUACAACAUGAAAGUCAGAGCUGGAAAAGGGUUCACUCUCGAAGAGCUUAAGGCUGCUGGUAUUGCAAAGAAGAUGGCUUCAACGAUCGGUAUCUCAGUUGAUCACCGUCGUAAGAACCGUUCCUUGGAGGGUCUUCAGUCCAAUGUCCAAAGGUUGAAGACUUACAAGGCCAAGUUGGUUGUGUUCCCUCGCAGAUCACGUGUAGUCAAGGCUGGUGAUUCUACUUCAGAGGAGCUUGCUAAUGCAACUCAAAUGCAAGGAGAGUACAUGCCUAUUGCUAGAGAAAAGGUUGCCAUGAAGCUUGUGAAUGUGACUUCUGACAUGAAGUCAUUCAAGGCUUAUGACAAGAUCCGUCUCGAGCGCACUAACAAACGCCAUGCUGGUGCCAGAGCCAAGAGAGCCGCCGAUGUUGAGAAAGAAGAGAAGAAAUAAGAUUCUCUCCAUUUAAUACAUUCUUGAAUUUCUCUUCUUUUUUUUUAUCUUUUUUUUUUUGCAAGACUCUUCUUUAAGGGAUCCAUCGAUCCUAGUUUUUCUGGUUUUAUGGAAACAGAUUAUAAUGUCCAAAACAUGAUUUAUUAAUGGUCAAACCUAACCAGCCACA